ACAAAAAAAAGGCAACAAAGCUCUCACUCUCCCAUCUUCUUCUUCGUUUCUCUUUCUUAACAACAUCAUCAUACACACAAGCAGCAGCAGACACACCAAAAAUAUAUGUAUGUAUAUUUGACGGCACAGCAAAAUCUCAUAUUUACAGAGCGACACACAAGAGAAGCAUCCAUCAAUGCCUGCCCACGCCUCGGCUUCUUCACCGGACAACAUUAAUCCCGACAAUGAACAACAACAAGGUGAAGAGCAAGAGCAAGAGCAAGAGCAAGAACAUCAUCAUCAACAGCAACGACAAGACUUGUCUGAGCUAUCUCCUCCUCUACAAAACGGGCAUCCAACUGACCAGGAACAGCAGCACCAUCAAAAUGGUCAGCAUCAAGAACUAGAAGAGGAGGAGGAGGAAGUAGACAAGAAAGAAGAAGCAGAAGUUCAAGAAGAAGAAGAAGAAGAUUAUGAAGUAAAGGAAGAGGAAGGAGAAGAGGAAGGGGGAGGAGGAGGAGGCGGAGGAGAAGGGAAAGAAGAAUCUGAUGGAACCCAGUCGUCUUCUUCUUCCAGUUCUGAAAAUGAGGAAAAGCCCGAAUUUGUCUUUGUGGAACUGCUGGACAUUCGUAAAGAUGUGCAGUGUCCAAUAUGUUUAGGGAUCAUAAAGAAAACACGAACUGUAAUGGAAUGCCUGCACCGUUUUUGCAGGGAAUGCAUUGAUAAAUCAAUGCGAAUGGGGAACAAUGAAUGCCCUGCUUGCCGCACACAUUGUGCAAGUCGGCGAUCCUUGAGAGAUGAUCCAAACUAUGAUGCCCUAAUUGCAGCCUUAUAUCCAGACAUUGAUAAGUAUGAGGAAGAGGAAUUGGCUUUUCAUGAAGAGGAAAGGACUCGGAACAAGCAGAUUCAAGCUUCAAUCGCUCAAAUAAUUCAAAGACAGUCAGAAGCACUGGUUAAGAGACGCACGCUGGGUAAAGAAUCAACUUUCAUGACACGAUCACAGAGAACACAUCGGCCUAUUUCAAGGAGGCGACGGAACAGUCGAGGCAGUGAUUUUCAAGGAUAUGAAGACAUUGAGGAUGAAAAUGAUGACAAUAUAGGCAAGGACUCGUCUUCCACUGAUGACCGCUCUACAGAAGUUAGGCAGAGGAGGCGCAAGAGACAGCGGACCUCCCAGCCCUCUUCUUCAGCUGUGAAUUCAGAGGGUGGAUGUGCUGAAAACGAUUUAGAUUCAAAUAGAGAAAACAGGGGAUUAUCUCCAGGGCUUGUGUGGAACACAGAAAUGCUUGCUUGGGGCAGGGGCGGUACUCGGAGUCAUACAAGACAUGGUAAUCCUAGUGGUUGCAACAAUAAGAAUUCACGAAAUACUCGCUUAUCCAAGCUGGUAGAAUAUCUCAGGAGCUUAGAUGAGAAAAAUGAUGAGGCUAGAGUUUAGAAAAUUGGGAUUUUCAUGAUGGACUUCAUCGAUGAACAAAUCUGGGGUUUCUAGUUCUAAGGAUGUGCAAAUACGUAUUAUUGAUAAAGGGAGGUCUGACUUGAAGCUUUGGCUGCCAGAAUUCACAGGGAUUUAGGGUUUUGAAAAACUUGAUUGAAUGUUUCAACUUUAAGAGAAGGGUAAGGUAAAUAUAUAGGUGUUCAGAAGAUUUGGUAGUGUAACGAUGGGAAGGGUUUGGAAUGAAUGAAAUUUUAAUGUCAAGUAGCUAUGAAAAGCAAUAUGAUGUACUGUAGCAACAGGAGGAGUUCGAUGUUUUGAACUAGGUAUUAUCAAUAGGAGGUUAACUAACAUAGAUCCAAAGAGAAUAACUCCUUACAAAGUGCCCUAAAUGUAUGUGGUAGUUGCAAAGCUGCAGAUCUGUCACUGCUUACAAGAUAGUCUAUAACUCAAAAGAACAACAACUAAAAACCGAUCAAAAUGUUAAUUGACAAGGACAUGAAAUUACACAGCAACAAUUGCUUUUCCAGUGGACAAAGUUGUAUAAAUUCUUAAAAAUGUCAAUAAUAAUUUCAAUAUCUGAUUGAAUUAAGUACUUGUUUUUGUAGUUUCUAGCUUUCAUCUACCACUGAAUUAUCUAGUUAGUGUCUCAAACCCCUUGAGCCCCUUUUGCCAUUUCUUCCCAUGUAUUUGUGCAUCCUGU